AUGGAUGCAUCCUUAGCAAUAGAGAAAUUUCGAGAGUAUCUGUCUACACACAACGAGGAGUUAAACCCCGAGAAGAAGGAAAGAGUUAUAAUAGACAUGAAUGAGCUGAGAAUGUUUGACAAGGAUCUUUCAUUACACAUUCUUAACAAUCCUGCUUCAUGCUUGCCCUGGUUUGAGGAAGAACUGAAAGACAUGGAGCAAGCCAUGCAUAUUGGAUUUUCUGGAUCCCUGGGGGCCAAUUCCCUCAACCCCAGAUCUAUUGAUUCCACCUUUAUCAGCAGAAUGAUCUGUAUUGAAGGCAUCGUUACAAGCGUCUCACUAGUAAGGCCAAAGCUUAGAAGAAGUGUGCACUACUGUGAGGCAGAGGACCAAUUUUAUGACAAAGAAUACAGAGAUGGCACAAUGGUGACCAAGCUUCCACCCACCAAUUUCAUUUAUCCUCUUAAAGACCAAAACAACCAUACUUUGAACAGCGAGUUUGGAUUGAGUGAAUAUGUAGAUUUCCAGACCAUUAAAAUACAGGAAAUGCCCGAAAACAGUCCGCCUGGACAGCUGCCAAGAAGCAUUGAAUGCAUUCUCACGGAGGAUCUUGUCGAUGCCACAAAACCUGGAGACAGAAUUAGAGUGUAUGGAAUUUAUAAAAGCUUCUGCUAUGGAAAUAGCGUUUUCCCGUCCCAAUUUAGGACAGUUUUGAUAACAAACAACAUCCAGUAUCUUAAAGCAUUAGAGAGUAUCCAAAUGGAAGAGCUUAGCAAGAAAUUAGACACAUUUAAACUCUUGGCAUCAUCUAGCAUCAAGUUUAGUGCAAUAGCCCCUACAAUCUUUGGACAUGAGGAAAUCAAAAAGGCACUGGCACUAAUGAUGGUGGGAGGUAAUGAAGUUGUUAUGAAAAAUGGAAGUAGAAUUAGGGGAGACAUCAACAUACUGUUGGUUGGGGAUCCAUCUACAGCCAAGUCUCAGCUGCUACGCUAUGCACUCAACUUCAUGCCUCUUAGCAUUGCUACCACUGGUCAGGGAUCCAGCGGAGUCGGCCUUACAGCUGCUGUUGUUUUGGACAAGGAAACUGGUGAUAAAAGGCUCGAAGCUGGUGCGAUGGUGUUAGCAGAUCGCGGCCUUGUCUGCAUUGAUGAAUUUGACAAGAUGAGCCCUCUCGACAGAAUUGCUAUUCACGAGGUGAUGGAGCAACAGACAGUAACAAUUGCCAAGGCUGGAAUUCACACAACGCUCAAUGCCAGAUGCUCUGUGCUUGCAGCAGCCAAUCCAAUCUUGGGAUCAUACAACGAGAGGAUGUCUGUUCAGGACAAUAUAAAGCUUCCUGAAUCUCUUCUCACUCGUUUUGAUUUGAUUUUUAUAACCUUGGAUAGCUAUGACUCGGAGAGGGAUGAUUCAAUAAGCAAGCAUGUGCUGAAUAUGCAUAUUUCCGAGGGGAAGAAUGAGACAGAAAUCAGCCAACCACUCUUCAAAGACUUUAUAGCGUAUGCCAAGUCACUUAGACCGAAGUUGAGUCGUGAGGCCGCGAAUGCUAUAGCCAAGGAGUAUGCACAAAUUAGAGAGAGCAAAGAUAAAAAGCAUUUAAUGACAAACAUUACACCAAGAAUGCUUGAGACAUUGAUAAGACUCAGCACAGCACAUGCAAAAUUAAGGCUGUGCGAGACUGUCGACAUCGAUGAUGCUAAUGCGGCCAUUGAAUUGCUGCGCAAUAAUCUAAUAAGGAAGGUCGUUAGGAAAGAAACAAUUAAGAGAAUAAAGAUCGAAGAAACAAGUGCAUCGCAGAUUGAAAAAGAAGGUGAGCCAGCUACUCUUGUUCAAAGGCUUACAGAUGAUCUACGCAGCAGGAUCAGAGACGCUAUUUUUAACUGGAAGGUUAGUAAUCCUGACCAAGAAACCUGUAGCCUCGUUGAUCUUCAGCAGGCAAUAGGAUUCAGCACUGAAGAUUUGAGUAGCGUUCUUGAAGAUCUUUCAGAAAGCAAGUUACUCCAUUUCAGUGAUAAUAUAGUCUUUUUCUUUGAAUAA